UCCACGCCAGGUUCCGAGCCAGGCGAGGCCUGGGAGAGCCGCGGCGAAAGGCGCAAAAGAGAGGGGUCUGGGGCCAAGACUGGGGGUGUUGGAGUUCGGACGCCGCCCACGCUCCGAUGCAGACCGCAAGAAGGCGACUGCUGCGGGCUCUCCUCUUCCCCCGCCCUCCUCCUUCCUCUUCUUCACCGAUAACGACCCUCGCUCGCGGAGCCUCGAAGCCUUUUAAUCGAGCACUUGAUGGGUCCCUUCCCCGUGCCACCCUCGGCGCGCCGUGGGCGGCCAUCCAAACCCGAGGCGCUAAAGUACUCGGUUCCGAUGUGAGACUUGGAAAUGUAAUACAAAGAAAAGGGCGUAUUUAUCAGGUACUUAAGGCACAACACACGCAGCAUGGAAGGGGAGGAGCCACCAUACAGGUGGAACUUCGGGAUGUUGAUAAUGGUAACAAAGUAACUGAAAGAUUUCGUACCGAUGAGGCUAUUGAAAGGGUUUUUGUUGAGGAGAAGUCAUUCACAUAUCUGUACCAGGAAGGUGACUCCAUAGCAUUAAUGGAGCCCAGCACAUUUGAACAACUGGAAGUGCCCAAGGAAUUGUUUGGCAAGGCUGCUGGUUAUCUAAAAGAAGACUUGACAGUGACAUUACAGUAUUAUGAUGGUAAACCAAUGUCUGCAUCAGUUCCUCAACGUGUAACAUGCACUGUGGUUGAAGCACAGCCUUAUACCAAAGGGCUAACGGCUGCUCCUCAGUAUAAAAGAGUUGUACUAGAUAAUGGGCUCACUGUGCAUGUACCUCCAUUUGUUGAAGCUGGUGAUAAGAUCGUGAUCAAUACUACAGAUGACUCAUACAUGACUAGGGCUUAGAAGUAGUAUCUAUGAGAUAGUACAUCCGCACUGCAAAUUUACUAUUGUUGCAACUCCACGGCAGGGGGACACAAGUUUCCAAUAGAGUUUCCAUCUUAUGUAGAUGGAAGGAGAUUGUGCAAUUUUAAUGCCAUAAAUUAUUGCACAAGAGAUGAACUUUUAGUUUUUGAAAAUCUGUAUAUACUAUUGUAUCAAUAUUCAUAAUUAGGCUCGCUUUCCAUAUAAUUGACUUUUACGGGAAGAGCUAAAGGUUAAAAUUUUGGAAUUGCAUUUCAACUGGACAUAUGUUGAUGUUAUAUUUUUAUAUAUAUGUAUUUAUUUUCUUUAAUG